UCAUCAUCAUCCCCAUCGAAACGCUUGUGGCGAUCGGCAAGCUCGCGGCGCGUGGCAGCGGGAGCGUAUACGAGGUAGAGGAGAGCGAGGGCGACGCGCGGAUCGCAUCGCAGCUUUGGGCGGGGGGACCUUGCCGCGGAGAUGCUGGCGGUGUUCGAUCGGUCGGUGGCGCCGAGCCCGGAGGGGCUGCGGCAGCCGGGCGCCGCGGGUGGCGACAGCGCGGCGUGCCUCGCUGAUCGGUUCAGAGAGGCGCGCCCCGACGCGGUCACCGUCAACCUUGGCGGGUCCGGCGCCAUGGCCUACUCCUCCAGCAAACAGAGCCCCCUCCUCCCCAGGUUAUUUGGGGCGGUGGAUAACAUAUUCUGCAUGUUCCAAGGCACAAUUGCGAACUUUGCGGUCCUCAAGCAGCAAUAUGGAUUAAGUAAAGGUACUAAUGAGGUCAACAUCAUCAUUGAAGCUUACAGGACCUUGAGGGACAGGGGUCCUUAUCCUGCAGAUCAAGUUGUGAGAGACAUUAGUGGAAAAUUUGCAUUUGUUCUGUACGAUUGCACGACUAAGUCGGUCUUCAUGGCUACUGAUCCCGAUGGAAACGUUCCAUUCUACUGGGGCGCUGAUACCGAUGGCCGUCUUGUGGUCUCUGACGACAUCGAUCUCGUGAAGAAGGCCUGUGGAAAAUCCUCUGCCCCGUUUCCCAAAGGCUUCUUCUUCACGACGUCCGGGGGGCUGAAGAGCUACGAGCACCCGAUGAACGAGGUUAAGCCGGUGCCGUGGGUGGACAGCAAGGGCGAGGUGUGCGGCACGACGUACACGGUCGAUGCAAGCGCCAAGAAGGAGACCAAGACCAGCAUUCCAAGGGUCGGCAGCGCCGCCGAUUGGUCUUCACAAUACUAACAAUCUGUUUAUGUUGGAUCGGAGCAAAGGUAGCAGGCGUGGCUAUGUUCAUACGGAAGCCAGUCCUAGUGUUUAUCUGAAUAGACUGUUCUCUAUAAAUCAACACACGGAGUACUGGUUUGGCCUUUCUAGAGUUGUGUAUAUUUAACAGAGUUUAUUAAAAAGAUGUAUAUAUUUUAUGACAUCAAAUAUAUGUAUUAUGAGAAUAUAUUUUACAGUA